AUGCACCGAACUGAAGAAGAUCUGGCCAACGGUCGUGCUCAUGUACACAACAAGCGAUACGGCGACCAUACCCCUCCGACGGGGGUUGGUUACGUAGCAAGCAAGAGGCAGAGACGCGACCCGCCACUCCAAGUCCGACGCCGCCGACGCUCUAAAUUGCCUCCUUACUAUAAACUGUGUUUCAACGAAGAUUUACUGGGCAGGGUCUCUGAGAGGAAUUACCCGCCUGUGUUACCAGGCGACUUCGUCAUUUGGAAACAACAAAUAAACUCACACUCGAGAUAUUUCGACGAUGAUGAUGUCCAAAUGGAAGAUAUGGGUGAUCCGCGAUAUGAACAUAGCAUCCCGCCUGGAGGGGGUGCACCAGCGAACAACCAAGGUACCGAAGAUGCAUCGGGUUGGGGCGGGAUCAACAGGGGAAACCAAGGACAGCAAGGGAACAGUCUCGAGAAUGCGUCAGCGUGGGAUGGGAUCAACGGGCAGCAAUGUGCCGAGGAUGCGUCGAAGUGGAGCGGAAUCAACAGGCAGCAAUGUGCCGAGGAUGCGUCGAAGUGGGGCGGAAUCAACAGAGCUACUCGAUCUCAAGAGCAACAAAGUAGAUCCGCGGCGCGCAAUGGGGAAAGGUCUCAUCAAGAAGAUGAGUCUAUGUUAGCAGACGACGAAGAGGAGUUUUGCGAAGGUAGUUGCAUAUGGGAGUACAAAGAUUCAGCUCAUCGUAGGAAAGUACGCGAUCAGCGCAGCGAUUUCGUAAGAGCCUCACCCAACCUUCCUUCCUCAGCCAAGGCUCAUCCCCCUUUCAUUUUCAAAUUUCAGGAAUUUGUCUGCAAGCGACUGAAGCAAACACCAAAUACAGCAGCGACGUUUCAAGACUUGUUGGGAGUUAUGCAGGUUACGAGGCCUCUUCGCAGCCCUGAACCCUCUUUGCCCACACCGGAUGCAAGUCCUCGGCGACCCAAACCGACAAGGAGAACAAAGAGACCACAGGAAGCUAGUGACGAUGAAGAUCGUUGCUUUGAUCCUGUCAAACGCGAUUCGUUUCAAGUCCGGCUACAUGCCGAACUGAGAGAUUAUUGCGAUAUGACACUGCUGCAAUUAACGAAAGUUGAUCCAAGGCCCCUUACUACUCCGACAGCAGACGAGAUCGAAAAGUUCCGUCGCGAUCCUCGUCUCGCCCCCGGCCCAGAUCUUGCGUCACUUCGACUCGACUUGAAAUCCACAAACUGGGAGUCAUCCGUCUGGAACCUUGCAGCUGCUGACAUGAUCGCGGAUGAAUUUGUCCAGGAUGAGGAGUACCAAUGCAAAAACAAAAGAAUGGUCCGCGAAGCUUUCAGGAAGCAUUUAAGACAACUAAGAGAUCGCUAUCGCAGACAAGAGUGGCAAAGGACCAAUGAUAAGGAGGCAGAGGUGAAUGAAGCCCGGUCGUUACGCAAUCUUCGCAGAUCUAAUCGACGACGGUCGCUACGAGAGCGCCGCAUCAAAGGGAUUAGGGCCUACCAACGUAUCGCCGCGAAGACUGACCAAUACGAGAAGCUAAGUCAGUUUGAGAAAUUGUUAAGCGAAAUGCCACUAGAUGCUAUGAGUGGGGAUGAAUCGGACCAUGGGGUGUUUGUGAGGAAGAAAUUACCUUGGCGUUCCCCCGAUACCAAGGUCCUCGAGUGGUUUCGUGUCCUUGAUGGGUUAUACCUGUCCACUCGUUUCGCCGACAACGAUAAACCAAUCCCCGGGGCAUUUCCAGCUCAACGACUCCUCCCGAACGGUAUCCUUUACGAUGCCAACCCCGUGCCGCGGCUCCCGAUAAAUUUAUAUGAUCCUGCUUAUCUAAACGGGCUUGACGAAUACGGGAUGGCUCGUCUUGCUCCUCAGAAGGCAAUAGAUCUCAGCUUUCCUCCCCAACUGCAACUCGUAGCCGCUAGGUUUAGCGGUGUUCAUAGUGGAAACAGGAAGCCGUUGCCUCGUGAUCAUCCGUCGCUCCGAAACUACCGCUCAAGCUAG